AUGUCAUCCCCAGGCGAAGCACCAGCAGGCGAUACCGCCUCACGCGAAAUUGACGUCGACGCCGAAAUGGAAGAUGCCACAACCCAAGAUGCGCCAGCCAGACAGGAGGAGAAUGUUGACCAUGAUAUGACAACGCAGACGGAGACACAACAGCCUGGCGCGACAGCGACAACGGCGUCGGGCCUACCGCAUCACAAUCGCAAGGAUGUGACGUUGCGCGAGUUUCUGAGCAAAAUGGAUGAUUAUGCGCCAAUCAUCCCCGACGCGGUAACAGCUCACUACCUCACACUCUCGGGCCUGCCACCCCCGUCCCCAUCCGACCCAACAGGAGCCAGCACCAACACCACCCCUCUCCCGCUUGCUCGGCUCCUCGCUCUCGCGACCCAGAAAUUUGUCGCCGACAUCGCCGCCGACGCCUACCAAUACUCGCGCAUCCGCAGUUCGAAUAACGCUCUAAGCGGCUCGGGUCCGGGCAUGGGCAUUGGCGGGGGUGGAGCGUCGUCGUUUGGUGCAGCUGGCGCCGCAGGCGGAUCUGGAGGGGCCGGCGCCGGGGCUGGAGGCGCUGGUGGGAAGAAUCAGCAGAAUACCACGUUGGGGGUGCAGAGGAGCGGCUAUGGCGGUGGAGGGCAAGGCGGAAGCGCUCAGGGCAAGACCGUCUUGACAAUGGAGGACUUGGGCAUGGCAGUACAGGAGUAUGGCAUCAACGUCAAAAGAGGCGAGUUCUACAGAUAA